AUGCAGCCAGUUCAUUACAGGGCAUUUAUCACUGGAGCAGCACAAGGUUUAGGAAGAGCAUUUUCUGAAGCUCUCUUACAACGUGGAGCAAAGGUGUGCAUGGUUGAUGUCCAAGAGGCCAAAGGAAGGGAGUUAGAAAGUGACCUUCAGAGCAGAUAUGGAAGUGACAAUGUUGCCUUUUUACCUUGUGAUGUAUCAUCAGACAAAAGCUUGAAAGAUUCUUUCAAGAGUGCAGUGUCCAAAUUUGGUUAUGUUAAUCUGAUGGUCAACAAUGCAGGCAUUGCAGAUGAGUCCAGAUUUAGGGAUAUGGUCAAUAUUAAUCUGGUUGGUCCAGUGACAGGCUCUUCAAUCGCAUUCGAGCAUAUGAGGAAAGAUAAGGGAGGAAAAGGCGGAAAAAUCAUUAAUGUUUCAUCAACUGCAGGGCUCACUGGUGUGUAUUUCGUCCCUCACUAUUGCGCUGUUAAAUUUGGCCUAGUAGGAUUCCACAGAAGUUGGUCUAGCAAUCCACACCUCGAUGAAGUGGGAGUUGAAUUUGGUUGCCUGUGUCCAGCAUUCACAGAUACAGCAAUUAUGGACUUUGAUGAAAAGAAACUUCUAUAUCCUGAAGAAGCCUUUGGCUUGAUCAAGAAAAUGGGUACAAACAAGGUAGAGACUGUGGUCCAGGCAUUUCUGCUGCUUGUGGAGUCCCAAAACUGCAAUGGCGAUAUCAUCACAGUGACAGUCAAAGAUGGAGUCCAGUACCAUUACAAAGGGAAACAAACAAAGAGCCGCAUAUAG